AGCAGUUCUCGACGCGACACUGAAUCAUGCGGGAAUCGUUAGCUCCGAAAGCGCAUCGCACAGCCCGUAAUCGUAAACGUGAUCGUGGUUCGCUGGGCGCAUAGUGGGAUACGCGUAAGUGUUGCAUCUGCACCUUCCGAGCUUGUGGCCACAACUGUGCAGAUUCACUUGAGCCGAGAGGCUAGCCAUGUUCUUCCAGACCAACUGGGUGUUUCAUCAGCCACGCAGUUGGAUCGAGACCAAUUUUCAGAAGCGCGAGUGCAUCAAGUUCAUACCAUGCCCAAAGGACGAUACAAGGUGCUGCUGCGGUCAGGCCCAAAUCACGCAUCAGACCAUACAGGGCAUCGAGAGCGGCUCGCCGGGGGACCUCUGGCUGCCAACGAAACACACCCGACCACAGCCCACAGACGCCUAUGGCACCAUUGAGUUCCAAGGCGGGGCCCAUCCCACAAAGGCUCAGUACGUUCGUUUGUCCUUCGACACGCGUCCAGAGCUGCUGGUGCAGCUAUUCACUAAGGAAUGGAACCUGGAGCUGCCGAAACUUCUGAUCACCGUUCAGGGCGGCAAGGCCAACUUUGAUUUGCAGGCAAAGCUAAAAAAGGAGAUACGCAAAGGACUACUGAAGGCGGCCAAGACCACAGGAGCAUGGAUAUUCACCGGCGGCACCAACACCGGGGUCACCAAGCAAGUGGGCGACGCACUGCUCCUGGAGGGUCAGCAGCGGACCGGGCGUGUGGUCAGCAUCGGCAUUGCCCCCUGGGGCAUAGUCGAGCGCAAUCAUGAGCUGCUGGGGCACAACCGGGAGGUGCCCUGCCACAGCAUUAGUUCGCCCAGAUCAAAAUUGGCCGUGCUAAACAAUCGACACGCCUACUUCCUGCUAGUCGACAAUGGAACCCAGGCGAAGUACGGGGCUGAAUUGAUUUUGCGACGGAAGCUGGAGAAGUUCAUAUCGAACCUAAAGCUGCAUCCAUUCACACAUUCCAGUACGCCCGUCGUCUGUCUGGUGAUCGAAGGCGGUACCAACACCAUACGUGCGGUGCUCGAGUACGUGACGGACUCGCCGCCGGUGCCCGUGGUGGUGUGCGAUGGUUCCGGGCGUGCCGCCGACUUGCUCGCCUUCGUCCACAAAUAUGCCUCGGACGGAGAGGAGCAGCCUGUGCUGGAGUCUAUGAGGGACUAUCUAAUUGGAACCAUUCAGAAAACCUUCGAGGUGGGCCUGGACCAGGCCGAGAAGCUCUACCAGGAGCUACUGCAGUGCACGCGCAAUAAGAAUUUGAUUACCGUCUUUCGCAUACAGGAAAAGCCCGAGGGCGAGGCGCAGGAGCUGGAUCAGACCAUUCUAACGGCCCUCUUCAAGUCGCAGCAUCUCAGUCCUCCAGAGCAAUUGAGUUUGGCACUGACAUGGAACCGGGUGGACAUAGCACGCAGCGAGAUAUUUGUCUACGGCCAGGAAUGGCCCCACGGCGCUCUGGAUGAAGCCAUGAUGCAGGCACUGGAACACGAUAGAAUCGAUUUUGUCAAAUUACUUUUGGAGAACGGCGUUUCAAUGAAGAAAUUUUUAACAAUACCGCGCCUCGAGGAGCUCUACAACACAAAGCACGGACCGGCCAACACGCUGGGUUACAUUCUGCGCGAUGUGCGACCGCACAUACCCAAGGGCUACAUUUACACGCUCCACGACAUUGGCCUGGUGAUCAAUAAACUAAUGGGCGGCGCCUAUCGGUCCUAUUACACGCGCCGCAAGUUCCGUCCCAUCUACGCCAAGGUCAUGAACAGCUAUGCCAACGCCUGUCGGAAGUCCUCGACAUAUCAAUACCAGCGAUAUGCGGGAGCCAACUCGCUGAGUCUGGUGACGGGCCUGCUGCCGUUCACCUCGGAGAUGGCGCUCUUUGAGUUCCCGUUCAACGAGCUGCUGAUUUGGGCCGUUUUGACCAAGCGACAGCAAAUGGCUCUGCUCAUGUGGACGCACGGCGAGGAGGCGCUGGCCAAGUCACUGGUUUCCUGCAAGCUUUACAAGGCCAUGGCGCACGAGGCGGCUGAGGACGACUUGGACACGGAAAUCUACGAGGAGCUGCGCUCCUAUGCCAAAGAGUUCGAGAGCAAAGGCAACAAGCUGCUGGACUUCAGCUACCGGCAGGACGCGGAGAAAGCGCAACGUUUGCUCACCUGCGAGCUGCAUUCGUGGUCUAACCAGAGCUGCCUGUCACUGGCCGUAGCGGCUAAUCACCGGGCUCUGCUCGCCCACCCCUGUAGUCAGGUCAUUCUGGCCGAUCUCUGGAUGGGCGGCCUGCGCACCCGCAAAAAUACCAACUUCAAGGUCAUCUUGGGAUUGGUUAUGCCGUUGUACAUCAGGCAGCUGGACUUCAAGUCAAAGGAGGAGCUGCAGCAAAUGCCGCAAACAGAGGAGGAGCACUUGGAGAACCAAAACUUGGACAAUGAUGAUUCGGAUCGCUCACAGCCCGAUGCCGAGGCUCUAUUGGCGGAUACUUAUUCAGUACGCGAUACAAAAGUACACGAAAAUGGCAAAGUCUCGCUCACUGACUCGGAUCCCGCGCAGUUCCGGGAGUUCUUCAACAUGUCCGAGUACAACGAAAUCAAGCAGCACCAGCCCCUGCGACUGAAGAAAAAGUUCCAUGAGUUUUACACAGCCCCCAUUACGAAAUUCUGGGCUGAUUCGAUCGCGUACAUGUUCUUUCUGAUAAUGUUCUCGUUCACGGUUCUGGUCAAGAUGGGACCGGUGCCGCGGUGGCAGGAGUGGUAUUCGAUAGCGUACAUCACAACGCUGGGAUUCGAGAAGGUUCGCGAAAUCAUAUCCUCAGAGCCAGUGGCCAUUACGCAUAAAUUUUCCGUGUGGGCGUGGAACAUGUGGAACCCGUGCGACGGCGCUGCCAUAAUACUCUUCCUCAUUGGCCUGGCAUUCCGCUUCCGCCCCAACACAAUGGACAUCGGACGUGUCAUCUACUGUGUGGACAGCAUCUACUGGUAUCUGCGCAUACUGAACAUCCUGGGCGUGAAUAAAUAUCUGGGUCCCCUGGUCACCAUGAUGGGUAAAAUGGUGAAGAACAUGAUAUACUUCGUCGUUCUGUUGGCUGUCGUCCUGAUGAGCUUCGGCGUGAGUCGUCAGGCCAUACUCUACCCCAACAGCGAGCCUACUUGGCGGCUGAUCAGAGAGGUUAUUGCCGGCUCCAUUGUAGCCCCCGGAUUUCCGGGUGCCCUCGGCCACAGUAGUCGCUCACACAAUACCCGCGGAGGGGGUUACGGAUCCACUUUCAGCUCCAGUUCCUUUGCUGCAGGCUAUCAUCGCGGCCAUGCAACGGCCUCGUCGCCUAUGGCAACCGCUACCACCACCACGUCUACAGUGCCACCUCUAUCGUCAGCAACGGCAACAGGCUCAGCUGCAACACCAGCGCCAUCGCCAGCGCCCGCACCAUCAGGCCCAACUUUCAAUCCGGCUGAGCAUGAGCAUUUGUCGGGUGGAAAUUUAACAAAUGUCACCUACCAACCCUACUUCAUGCUGUACGGCGAGGUGUUUGCCGACGACAUUGACCCUCCCUGCGGCGAGGAUCCGCGUCAGCCGGCCUGCGUGACGGGCCAUUGGGUUACACCGAUAACGAUGUCCAUGUAUCUGUUGAUUGCCAAUAUUUUGUUGAUAAAUCUGCUCAUCGCCGUGUUCAACAACAUCUUCAACGAGGUCAACUCUGUGUCACACCAGGUUUGGAUGUUCCAGCGAUUCACAGUGGUGAUGGAGUACCAGCAGAAGCCCGUCCUGCCGCCGCCUUUCAUUGCCUUUUGCCAUUUCUAUUCCCUGCUCAAGUACUGCGUGCGCAAAGCGAAAGGAUUGGAGGUGCAGCGGGACAAUGGUCUCAAGCUGUUUCUGGAGAAGGAUGACUUGGAGCGACUGUACGACUUUGAGGAGGAAUGCGUGGAGGGUUUUUUCCACGAACAGGAAAUAAUAUUGAAUCAGUCCACCGAUGAGCGGGUGAAGAACACAACGGACCGAGUCGAGACCAUGUCCCAGAAAAUCGAGGACAUCAAUCAAAAGGAGAACAUCCAAACAGCUUCUGUGCAGAACAUUGAAUUUCGUCUGCGAAAGAUGGAGGAGUCGUCCGAACAGAUACUGUCGCACCUGGCUGUCAUACAUCGCUUCAUGUCUACACACACGGUAGGUCCGGAUGACAUGCGCGGCUCCACGAUAAACAUUCCAGGUGAAAUCCAUCGCAUUCGCACCAUUUCAAUGUCGGAUACCGAUGGAGGCGGUGGAAGUUCUGGAAAUGGAGGGGGCGGUGGUGGUGUUGUUGGGGGAGCCGCUGCUAUACCACUUGCUCUAGGCGCCGGCCUGAAUGUAAAUUCGCUGCAGGUGAACAAUAGACGCCGCUUUAAUCGCUCUCUAACGGAGGUGCGUCCAGACGCCUACAUUCUCGACGAAGGCACCCACUUUGAGGUGGUGCCCUUGCCGGAGGAGCCGGACGAAGCGGUCAAGUCUCGCGAAGCCCUCAACGAGCAGGUCGUGCGGAAGGCAUCGAUGCAGUCGGAGGCAGACUCCGAUAUCUACUUGCCGUUGUCGCAGCGCCCCUCCACCUGUGAGACGGUGAAGCGCACGCCCUAUGUCACUGUGCGCCAGGACACGGGUGCCAGCACGGAGAGUAAGGAUACCUUGACACCGCUAGGCACCAACGAGGACGACCAGACGCUCGUCGGGGGCGACAACUCCGAUGAUGCGGCACCGGACAUCAACUUUGAGGCUGCCAGGCAUCGAGCGCUGCGCCAGCGCACAGUCUCGCUCUGCCGCCGCAACUCGGAGACGUAUUCGCUGGCCGGCGCGGACAUAAACAGGUCGCACAUUAGCCUUAACCAGCUGACAAUGCUGUCCCGUCGCCAGAUGAGCCUGACUCAGUCCGAGCCGGACAGUGACAAGGAGGCGCCAGCGGCUGCAGGCAGCGCACAUCCGGGUAAAUCAGUAUUGCAUGCGAAACCCUCAAGAAAUAUAUUGCUGAAACUGCACAGCGAGUACACGUCGAUCACUGAUGAGCUGGAGAGCGUCUGCCACAUGAUUGCCUCGCCAACGGUCUCCCUGCAGAGUAACAAAGUUUCAUUGGAUCGCCCCAAGACGGAAAUGUCGCGCGCAGAAGCCGCGGCAUUACAAGAAAAGAAGCAUUUGAAGGAGUGCGAGGAGAACGAUUACAGAAUACUAGAGGGACUGUUCGAGGCCCGUGGAUCGAUUGAUGCCAGCGCCGAGGCUUUUGAGAGCGUCAUAUCCGUGGACUACAGCCAACGCUAUCCGCUGCGUCGCGAGACUGCCGUUGAGCUGUCGCCUUCGAAGCCUUCAGCUGAGAUUGAUCUCAUGGGGGGCGGCGGAGGUGGCGGAGACAGCAGCGAUACAAGUGGAGCAGGUAGCUGCAGUGCCAUGGGUGCAGUCUCAAGUGGGUUUCAGCUCAAAAACGAGCGCCCCUGGCAGCGCAACUCAUCCAUGGAGCAGCAGACAUAUCCGUCGCCUCUGGUUCCCUCGAGAGCCACAAGCGACUUCCUCAAUCCACCCUUCGAAAGCAGCGGACGCCUCUUCAAGAAAUCCAGCGAAAGUCUGCAGAAGAACUCUAGUACUGAAACAGACUAUUCUGCCCAUCCGUAUCGCUUUAUCAAGCAGAGUUCUAACGAGACGAACACCUCGCUUACCGGCUCCUACAACGUGGACACGCCCUCACUCACCGCGGAGCCCUCUUUGGAUGCCUGCGACUCGCAAUCGGCGACGGGAAUUUCCAUAAGCGUUGGUGCUGCUGGCGGAACUACCGCGGCGCGUUACCAGCCCAUUCGCACGACUUCCAUUGGCGCGGCCGAUGGAAAACAGCUGCGGGACGAGAGCUCCAGUUCGCGUCAGAGCCCAGAGCUCGGAGUCCAAUGCUCGGCGCCAGUGACGAUGCAGGCACCGCCAGCUGUACCAACUCGCCCGAUGCUGCUGAAGAAACAGUUUAGCGCCGACAGGGGCAAGCCAAUGCAAGCGCAAAUUACUGAUGAGGCUAUAGCUACACCAGAAUCUGGCUUAGAUGCAGCAUCUGUUGCCCAGGCCAGGGCCAAACUGAUUUCCACGCUAAAGCCACAGUCUCAUACGAGCAAGCUGGGAAUGAACGUACUCAAGGAAAGCAGCUCCAGCACAGAGGGGUCCCGCGAUGGCGAAGGCCUGUCCACUACGUCCUCCGCCAAAAACAGCAACCCGGCGCUUUCCAUACCUCAGAUUAGCACGCAUCUGGUGCAAGAUGAAAUCGCCAAGCUGUCAUCUAACAUAAAAAGCAGCACUGAAUCUGAAAAGGACCCGCCGUAUAACGAAACAAUGUGCUAGAAAGACCAUUUCUGAGUAAUCCAACUGAGGUUGGAAGGUCGAAUAUGUAUCUAAGGUCGUCAUACUGUUAGUUGUUGUUUAAGCUGGCCGGCAGACUAGCAUCGGAACUCGGUGAUAAGCUAUAGCCGCUGAAAAACUAGCACUGAUGGAGGCUUAGAAUGGAUGGAAGGUUGAGAUAUUCGACGGAGCAGAAAAUUACAUGCGAGUUAAUAAUUUUGACAAUACAAACAAAGUUCACAAAUUGUCUGUAUUUUUAUACAAGUAUUUAUUUAGAAGAGUUCAUUGCUGAUAUAUAAUAUAUACAUACACAUAUACAUACAUAAUAUCAAUCAAAUCUUAAAAGGUAGCAUUUCCGUGUGAAAAUAUAUAUUUCACCCUAUCAGCAUACCCUAUGUAGAUACUUUUGAAAAAACCACCAAUUGAAUGUAUGUACAUAUUGAUUGGAUUGCUAAAAUUAGGGAUAAUACAUAUUCAAUACUUUUACAAAAGCUUAGGCUUAGUCAGUCUUACUCGUACAUAUGCAGUUUUCACGCAACCACACAUACAUAUCUUGAGCAACUACACUACUUUACCCAGCCACGAACUUAUCCUAACCAAGCAAAUCUACAUAUGUACAUACAUAUGUAUGUAUGGUGGGUACACUUACCUCAACUAAAUUGGAAACUUAAUUCAACAUAAUGCACUCGAUAGUAUUUCAGCCGGAAUUCUCUACUAGUAGUUAGUCCAUUUUACUUGUUCAUAAGAAAUAACUACAUGUGUGUAUUCUGUGUAUGUGUAUAUGAAAUUGCCUUUUUCGGCUGCUUUCGAUGUCUCUGUGUAUAUUAAAUAAAUGGUGUUUUAAAUGAUCGCUAAAACUUUUAAUGUUGGGCCACAUUGUGCUAACACUAUAAUUAGUCUUAAGAGAUGUAGCAUUAAUUAGUAUAACUGCAUUUUAUCGGAUGUUUACUGAUUCUAAUUAUUAUAUUUAAAUUUAAAAUACAUUUGCAGCACUAAGCAUUGUUUAACGUUUUGAACCACAGAAACUGUCCUAUGCGUUACCUUUAAUAUGAAAACCAAGAAACCAAAAAUCCCUGAAUUCCCACAUACUCUGCGAGCCAAUUGUCUACUGUAUAAAUAAACAAACAAAAAAUAAAAUCAGAGUAUCGGGUCCUUAAAAUAUAUUAGAAAAGUCGACUGCGCCGUUCUUACGAGUUCCGUCUGUUACGAGCACACUCUUUUUUUGUCAUGUAAUAUAAAAUGUGUUUUUAUUUAAUACUUCCUCUAAUAUAAUACUAUAAUAGUUUCUACAAAAGCUUUAUUGUGCUCAAAAUAAUCUAGUUUCGGUUUUACAGUUGUUUACACAUUAAUAAAGUCUUUUAAAUUACUUAGAGCUAGUAAAACUAUUAAAACAAUUUAUUAUUACAA